AGUUUAGGUACGGACCGGAAGUGCCUGAGCGCGGCGGUGGAAUGGUCAGUUGAGUCUCCCGGUUGCGUCUGGGAAGAGUCGGCGUGAGGCCGCGGCGUGCGGGCUCCAGGGACGGCGGAGGCGGCCGCGGCCGUCUGGGGCUCGGGACCUAAGACCCGAGCGUCGACACCACCCGCGCGGUGGGCGCCUCGGGCUCCGCUGAGUGCCUGGGGCCGCCGCCAAGCACAGACCAUGUUCAUGGUGCGCCUGACCUCCCAGCUGCUCAGGGCUGUUCCCCGGGCAGGUUGCAGUGGGCCUUGGCCUGUCUGCGGGGUGUUGGGCAGGCAUGCCUGCAGGCCUCGCUACAGCGUGCAACCAAUAGGCCCAAGUGGGGUUGCGUCCCUUCCUGACAGGCGGGUCCACAUGGAGCUUGAGGAGAUGCUGGUCCCCAGGAAGAUGUCUAUCAGCCCCUUGGAGAGCUGGCUGACCGUUCGCUACCUCCUGCCCAGACUGGACGCUGGGGCCCCAGGGACUGUGUCUCCAGCCCAAGUCUAUGAGUGUCCGCCCAGCCAGGGGGGGGAAGGGGUCGCGCAGGGGGGUAAGGAGGUCUGGGACGCGCCCCAGAUACAGUGCAAGAACGUGCUCAAGAUCCGCCGCCGGAAAAUGAAUCAUCACAAGUACCGCAAGCUGGUCAAGAGGACCCGGUUCCUGCGGCGGAAGGUCAGGGAGGGACGCCUGAAACGGAAGCAGAUGAGGUUCGAGAGAGACCUGAGGCGCAUCUGGCGGAAGGCGGGCCUGAAGGAAGCCCCCGCAGGCUGGCAGACCCCCAAGAUCUACCUGAAGGGCAAAUGAGCCUCGUGUGUCUCUCCCCUAGCCCUGUUACUGCUGAUGACCCGUUGUAAUAAAAAUUCGGAGAACUUAA